ACCGAGCUUGGCGGGCAAUCUGGGUGUCUGCAGCAGGGUCUCAAGUGUCUGCCGCCGCUGGCAUGGUUCGCCCACUAAACUGCAUCGUCGCGGUGUCCCAGAACAUGGGCAUCGGCAAGAAUGGGGACCUGCCCUGGCCCUCGCUCAGAAAUGAAUACAGUUAUUUCCGAAGAAUGACCACAACCUCAUCCGUAGAAGGUAAACAGAAUUUGGUGAUUAUGGGUAGGAAGACUUGGUUCUCCAUUCCUGAGAAAAAUCGGCCUUUAAAAGACAGAAUUAAUGUAGUUCUCAGUAGAGAACUCAAGGAACCUCCACAAGGGGCUCAUUUUCUUGCCAAAAGUCUGGAUGAUGCCUUAAAACUUAUUGAACAACCAGAAUUAACAAACAAAGUAGAUAUGGUUUGGAUAGUAGGAGGCAGUUCUGUUUAUAAGGAAGCCAUAAAUAAAUCAGGCCAUAUUAGACUGUUUGUGACAAGGAUCAUGCAAGAAUUUGAAAGUGAUACAUUUUUUCCAGAAAUUGAUUUGAAGAAAUAUAAACUUCUCCCAGAAUACCCAGGUGUUCUUUCUGAUGUCCAGGAAGAGAAAGGCAUUAAGUACAAAUUUGAAGUAUAUGAAAAGAAUGAUUAAUGAGAAGGUGUUUUCUGAUCUUUUUCAAGUUUUCCCCCUCCAAAAAUUAUAUAUUUUGAUAUUUUUUAAAUGUAUUGAUUUUAUAUCUGUAUUGAUUUUAUUUCCACGCAUUGUGUGUAUAUUUCCCAUUAAUCGUAACAGGACUAUAUCAGAUACCACUUAAGAAAUAUUUCUUGCUUUUACUGUUUAGAUGCCUAUGAAAGAUAUAGCCUUAGGCUCCCUGGAUAUCAUAUCUACCAAAGCAGCUCCAGAUGGGAGAGUCAGUCCACAGAUAACACGACUUGAAACCAGGGCCCAUAGAGAUAGGAGCUAGGCAGUUGAAAAGUCAGAAAUGAAUUAUAAACACAAGGGCUAGAACAGAUAACAGAAGAAAAUCAGAUCAAAACAGUGACUGUGAGUUCCCCAGUGCAUGUGAUACUUCUGAAAAAAGUUCUGCUCACUCAGAAUCACUAAGUGAGAACACCAGCAUAUUCAAUAGGGAUAAUAAAGAAGCAAGGUAAAAGUAGGAGACUACCUUUUUGAUGGUUAAAAGAGAAGGCAUGAGGCCCUCCCUGGUGGCGCAGCAGGUUAAAGCACAGCACUGAGAA